UACUUAUAUGUUACAUAGUACAUACUAUAUAUUAUUUAGGGAGAAAAUUAUAUUUUGAUUCGGCACGUCCGUCCGUUCCAUCCUUAUUCAGAUUUUUACAAUACAAUUUUCUUAGUUCUCCAGACAUUUUUUCAUUUCGCUACUACUAGACAUUCACAACAUCGAUCACCAUGAGUUACUGGAGGGCCGCUGGAUUGAACUAUGUUAAUUAUUCCAACAUCGCUGCAAAAGUUGUAAGGAGAGUGUUGAAACCAGAACUCCAAGCUAAUGCAAGCAAACGUGAUGAAACACAUGUAAAAUUUACCCCAUGGGUUAAGGGAAAGCCAUCCAAUGAAAAAGCUUGAACUUAUAUAAAUUAAACAAUUGAAAAAUUGUUAUACAUUUUUAAGCCAGGUCAAUAGUCGAUUUAACAAAAGUGACACAUUCAAAGUUAUAAGUAAAAUUCAUUGUAAUAUGUUGUUUUAGUUCAACUGAAUGUAAUUUAUUUAAUAAACAAACAUACAUAUUAAUUUACAUCAGUUAUAAUUAUGUAUAAUUAUAACCAUCAAUACAAAUUAGUGUUCUUUUUUUUAUGUAAUAAAGCUGAAAAAAUCUUUUUUUAAUAAAAAUGUAAGAUUAUUAAAUAUGAAAA